AUGCCUCUCCAUUGGUUGCGUGACAGCUUUCUUGGACAAUGCUUGCGCCUAUUCUACAAGUCGUCCCAGCUAAAGUAUAACGAAGAGAGUCUUGAUUUUGACUGGCAAGAAAACUUCCAAUCUCAUGAAAAGGCAAUACCAGUCAAAUGGUACGCGGAAAACGAUGAGGAAAACCCUCAAAAUUGGUCGGAGCCAAAAAAGGCCUUUGUUCUACUUGUCAUUGGUGCUUACAGUUUCGUGGUGUAUAUGGCAGCACCAAUAUAUACCCCGAGCGAGAAUGCGUUCAUUGAAGAAUUCGGUGUUAAUAACGCCGAAGCAUCCCUUGGACUCGCUCUUUAUGUUUUGGGAUAUGGCGCCGGUCCUCUCUUCUUCAGCCCUUUGAGUGAAAUUCCUCGCAUCGGCCGAAGUCUCCCUUACGUUAUUUCAUUUAUUCUCUUCUGCAUUGUCAGCAUUCCCACAGCACUGGCACCGAAUGCAAUUGGAUUUUACUUUCUUCGGUUCCUUCAAGGGUUCUUCGGAAGUCCCUGCUUGGCUACUGGAGGCGCCUCAAUUGCAGACGUCUACUCGUCCGACAUUCUUCCUCACGCCAUGACAACAUGGGUGCUUUGUGUUUUCUGUGCACCUGCAAUAGGUGUACUAGCAUCUGGAUUUGCCAUUCCGGUUCUUGGUUGGCGGUUUUCCAUGUGGGAAAUUCUGAUCGCCGCUGGUCCGAUUCUUGUUCUUCUUUUCUUGUUGCCCGAGACCAACCCUGCCACUAUCUUACAUCGGCGUGCGCGACGCCUGGAGAAGAAUGAUUCAGACAAGUCGCGCAGCUAUCAUACUUCUUCAGAUGUUGCACAUGAAGGUGUCUCUUUUCAUAUGGUCUUGCGAGAGUCGCUGCUUAUUCCGUCAAAGAUCACUUUUCUGGACCCGGCAAUUCUGUUCCUGAAUUGCUACACAUCUCUCACCUACGGUAUCUAUUAUUCGUUUUUCGAAGCCUUCCCGAUUGUAUACCAGGGCAUAUACGGGUUCAAUCUGGGGGAGAUGGGGCUAGCAUUCUUGGCCAUUGUUGUCGGUUCUGUGAUUUCAUUCGUGAUCUACAACCUCUACAUAUAUAAGAUCUUUCUUCCGAAUACCAAGCAGGGUGGAGCUCAAAAGCCCGAAGAUGUCUUGGUUCCUGCUCUAUAUGCGUGCUUUGGACCAGCCAUCGGAUUGUUUCUUUUUGGCUGGGCCGCCCAUCCAAAUGUCCACUGGAUUGUGCCGACGAUUGGAAUUGUCAUCUACCCGGCCUGCGUGUUCAUACUGAUGCAAUGUGUUUUUCUCUAUAUCCCAGCGUGCUACCCCCAAUAUGCCGCUAGUGUGUUUGCAGCAACUGAUUUCACCAGGAGUGGAUUUGCCUGUGGUGCUGUUGUCUUUUCACGCCCACUUUAUGAGAAUCUGGGAGUAGGCCCUGGAUGUAGCUUGUUGGCAGGCCUGACGCUUGGGUGUGUGGUUGGUAUUCAUGUGCUUUACAAUUAUGGAGAGGCAUUGAGACUCAGAUCAAAGUUUGUAUCUAAGUGGUGA